GCCUGCCAUGUAGUGCGCGCACCGGCAUUUUCCCCAGUGAAUUCACUCUACCAGGGAUUUCCAACUUCAACCUGAUGCGCUUCGACACGCCAUUCACUCCACUCACUUGAAGCCUCCCACUAAUCGCAGCCCUGAUUCCACCCCGUGCGCAUCUCCCUACAUCUACCGCACCUCACGCUUCACUCCUGUGAACAAGCCCUUCAUGGCAGACGAACCCAGCACCGAGGCCAUCAAGUCCAAGAACAUCAUGGCGUCUGAGCUUGAGCCUGAGCCUGAGCCUAAGUCUGAGCCCGCGAGCCCUGCUGUGGCCCCAGAGCCCAUGGAACUGUCUACUCCCUGCAAGGAAGAGGAGACUGAGGCCAAUGCUGAGACCCAAACCCUCACUCCAACCCCCACCCCUCGCAAGCGCGGCCGUCCCCCCAAGACCAAGCCCAGCGCCAGCACCCAAACCCCCACCAAAACUCCCACCAAGCCCAAUGCCACUGCCAAAGGCAAAGGCAGCGCCAAAGGCAAGGCCAAGGGCACCGUAACCUUCGCCAUCCCCAAUCCCGAUGCCUCCCCCUCCGGCGACGCCGAAGCUUCGGGCUCAGCAUCCGAAAGCUCCAACGCCUCCCCCAGCAAAAAGUCCCGCAAAGGAGGCACCCCCGGCAGCACGACUAAGAAAGCCAUGGGACCGAUCCCGACCUCGUUCGAGGCCGCGGGGCAAUCGGACCGCUUGAUCCUGCGGCUCCGAGACGACGAGAAUCGCGGAUGGCCGGAGAUCAACAGCGCGUGGACUGCGGCGACUGGGAUCUCGGUGGGCCGGACGACGCUGCGGAUGAGGUAUCGUACGAUGAAGAGUAAUUUUGUCUGUGUGGAUCCGGAGGAUGAAGUCCGCCUUCUUCAGGCUAAGCACGAAGUCGAAGAACGUUUCGAGGUCGAGAAGUGGACUAAAAUCGCGGACUUGAUCGAGGCAAACGGCGGCAAGAAGUAUCCCGGGGUCAGUCUGCAGAAGAAGUUCAAGCAGAUGGCGAGCAAGAAUGGUGGUUCGGUCCCUGUGCCUGCCACUGCGAAUCCCAAUCCCAAUCCCAAUCCCAGUGCUAGUGCCAGCACCAAUGCCAGCGCCAACGCCAAUGCUACCACCGACACUGCUGAAUCUGACACCCUUCCUGAUGCUACCACCCCUACCAAAACCGUCAGUAUCUCCGAGUCUUUGAAAGACGUCGACCUCUACGGAGAUGAGUAACUGGUAGGGUACAUCUUACUUGCCGGGAAUGGACUCUAUGCUGCAUGUAUCUAGUCGGAGUUCUCAG